AAUUCAGAUGCUUUAGAGCUGAUUAAAAUAGUGAUAAAAGGGUUGGAAAAAAUCCCAUCAUCUUUCAAUUGCUGGCAACAUAUAAUUCAACCACGGUACAAAACCCAUAAAUAUAAUUGCGAGAAUUUAACAGUUUGCGCCUGCAAAACUUUUGCUGUUACGUAGUUCAGCAAAAGGCACUUGCCUGGAAUAGGUAUUUUCUGAUGGCUGGCUGCUUUGGAAAAUUGUGUGGUGUGGAGAGAGUUAAGGUGUGGUGGAGGAAACACGUGUUGGUGCAGGAGCAGUGAGAAGGCUCUGGGGCAGAGCAGUGUGGUAGUGGGAGGCUUGGAGAGAGGAUUGGAGAGCAGCUCUGCUCAUCCCACCUGGCUAGGGUUUUGGUCCGCAGUCAGCAACAUGAGAAAUCAGAUAGACCUGCUGGCCACUGUCACGGUUUUGGGAGUCCUGGAGCAAGCCUAUUUUGUGCUGCAGGUGAUCUAUGCCCGGCGAAAGUACAAGAUCUCCCCUCCCAAGACAACAGGUCACCCUGAAUUUGAGCGGAUCUUCAGAGCUCAGGUGAAUUGCUCAGAGUACUUCCCGAUCUUCAUCUCACUCCUCUGGGUUGCUGGAAUCUUCCUCCAUCAAGGUGUGGCUGCUGCAUGUGGGCUGCUGUACCUCUACACCCGCUUCAAGUACUUCCAGGGAUACAUCGUGGCUGCGCAGGGACGGUUGGGGCCGCUGUACGCCAGCGCCUGGCUACUCUGGCUGCUGCUGGGGCUGGCGGUGGCCGGGCUCCUGGCACAUUUCCUACUGUCCCCCUCUUCUACAUGGAUGGCAGCGCUGGCGCGGCCCCUCCAGCCGCUCGGUGCCUGGUGAGAGGGGCCGCGGCUCUCCCAAAACCCACCGUUCGCUCUCGGCAGAGGGGAGGGAGUCGCGUGGCACGGUCAGAGACUGAGUAUCGCUCCCCAGCUCUGUGCUUACCUUUGAAGCGAGGUGGAUGCUGGCACUCCUCUGCUCGUGAAGCUCCAGUCUUCAGAGAAAAUUUUCCUUCUAGAAAGCAAACACUGCCCAGCCUCUGCCCCUGCCGAUGGGCUUCACUGACAGGCUUUGUAGCACUCUCAGCUCUUAAACCUCUAAUGCCUUUGGCUUUGCUUCACAGAGCACGGAUUGACCCAAACGCUGUCAUCACUCCUCCUUACUGCUGUAAUGAUCUAUGUUGAAGGAUCACAACAUGGAUAUACAAAAAAUAAAUUCCUUUUCUCAGUAGAAAUCA